UGGGCUAGCUCCAGCACCAUGGCUUUCUCCUGGCAGGCAGUGCUGGCCUGCAGGAAAUAUCUCAUCAUCGUCUUGGUGCCCCUGGUCUUUCUCCCUCUGCCUCUGGUUCUGCCUACCAAGGAGGCACUGUGUGGCUAUGUGAUCAUAGUGAUGGCACUUUUCUGGUGCACAGAAGCCUUGCCUUUGGCUGUCACAGCUCUCCUGCCAGUCCUGCUGUUCCCAUUAAUGAAUAUCAUGGAUUCAACAACAGUGUGUCGGGAGUACCUGAAGGACACCAACAUGCUGUUCCUGGGGGGGCUGAUGAUGGCCAUUGCCAUCGAGAACUGGAACCUGCACAAGCGAGUGGCUCUGAGGGUCCUGCUCAUCACAGGUGUCAGGCCAGCCCUGCUCCUGAUGGGUUUCAUGGUCGUGACAGCCUUCCUGUCCAUGUGGAUCAGCAACACAGCCACCACUGCCAUGAUGGUCCCCAUAGCACAGGCAGUGAUGGAGCAGCUGCACAAGUCAGAAAUUGAGUCUGGCACCACUGGCCAAGGGUCUGAGCACACCAACAAAGCCUUUGAGCUGCAGGAGAAGUCACCUGAGAGCUUCAAAGAACCAGAGGAAAAAGGUAAUUCUCAUGUCCUGACAGUGGAGGAAGAGAGUAAGAGAAAUGAAGAGAUUGAGAAGAAACAUUUGAAUCUCUCCAAGGGAAUGUCCCUCUGCAUUUGUUACUCAUCCAGCAUUGGAGGGAUCGCCACUCUGACUGGGACAACACCAAACCUCGUGCUGCAAGGACAAGUUAAUGACCUCUUUGAAGACAAUGGUGGCAUCAUCAACUUUGCCUCCUGGUUCUCCUUUGCCUUCCCCACCAUGGUGGUGCUGCUGAUUUUGGCGUGGAUUUGGCUGCAGAUCCUGUACUUGGGCUUCAAUUUUAAGAAGAAUUUUGGUUGUGGUGCCAGUCCUGCUGCCAAGGCUAAGGAGAAACAGGCCUAUGAAACCAUCAAGGAAGAGAGCAAGAAACUGGGCAAAAUGAAAUUUGCAGAAAUAGAAGUUUCAAUCCUCUUUGUUCUCCUGGUGCUGCUGUGGUUUACAAGAGAACCUGGAUUCAUCCCAGGCUGGGCAACCGUGCUCUUCAACAAAGAUAACACAAGCUAUGUCACCGAUGCCACAGUCUCCCUCUUCAUUUCCAUUUUGCUCUUCAUCCUCCCUUCUGGCUUUUCCCACCAGGACAAAGAUGAAGAGCAAACAGAGGGCAGAGCAAAGUUCCGGGCACCUCCAGCCCUGCUGGACUGGAGAACAGUUCAGGAGAAGAUGCCGUGGAACAUCGUGUUCCUGCUGGGAGGAGGCUUUGCCUUGGCCAAAGGCAGCGAGGAAUCUGGUCUGUCUGAGUGGUUGGGCUCGCAGCUGACGCCUCUGCAGAGCAUCCCUCACCCAGCCAUCGCCUUCCUGCUGUGCCUCCUCAUCGCCACCUUCACCGAGUGCACCAGCAACGUGGCCACCACCACCCUCUUCCUCCCCAUUCUGGCUUCAAUGGCUGAAGCAAUUUGCCUCAACCCUCUCUAUGUCAUGCUGCCCUGCACACUCUCUGCAUCGCUGGCCUUCAUGCUCCCCGUGGCAACUCCUCCCAAUGCCAUUGUCUUUUCCUAUGGACAGCUCAGGGUUAUUGAUAUGGCCAAAGCUGGGUUUGUACUCAACAUUCUGGGAGUUCUGACCAUCACUCUGGCCAUCAACACCUGGGCUUCAUCCUUGUUCCAGCUGCAAACCUUCCCAUCGUGGGCAAACAAGAGCGGGACCUGUCUGUGACGAGGGGAGGAGGCAGAACCACGGCUGCUCCUGCCAGAGCUGCAAGGACAGCAGGACUGUCACCCCCAGAGGCAGAGGUUUAGAGAAAAUCCUGUUGUGUGGAAAAGGACAGGUGAAAUCCUCCUGUUGAUAACAGCAGUGAUAUUGCCCGGCUGCUGCUCGGGUUUGUCACCCCAGCAGGAGGACGAGGUGGAUUCUGGCUUCCCAGCCCUCCCACCUUUAGAUUUUCUGCCUCUGCAGGGGUGUUUGCCCCCAGUGCUUUUCCAGCAAGUCUGAAAUCUGCAGCAAGUUAAAACAAAAAGAGAGGUGUGAAUGCAGCAAAGGAAGGAGAGAGACUCUGAGUUCCUGAUUUCAUGCACAGAUCUGUGCUGUCACAUCUCUCCACCUGUCCAUGUGUAAAAGUGCAAGGUGUACAUGAUUGUUAUGUACUGUGGGCACUGACAGCAAGCUGUGAUCACUGAAAAAUCACUGUCAGCCCAUCCUAUUUUGAAAUAUAUUUAUUUUCAGUCCCAAUGUUAGGCAUGUAAAAGAUUAUUUUUCUUCCAGAACAUCCACCCCAGUGUUAUUUAUGUCAGAUUGCAGCCUGCAAGUUCAUAAUAAGACCUUUCCCUGAAAAGGAGAGAAUCUCUAUGUCCUAAAAUAUACAUGAUUGCAUUAAAGAUUUAUUUUUUUUAAAUGUA